AUGAAUGGUGGGAAGGAGUGUGAUGGAGGGGACACGGAUGGAGGGCCACCAGCAGUGCAAGUUCCCGUUGGCUGGCAGCGACGGGUGGACCAAAGUGGAGUGCUCUAUAUCAGUCCCAGUGGGUCUUUAUUAUCCUGCUUGGAGCAGGUGAAGACUUACUUGCUGACUGAUGGAACAUGCAAGUGUGGCCUAGAAUGUCCUCUUGUUCUUCCCAAGGUGUUUAAUUUUGAUCCUGGAGCUGCUGUGAAGCAGAGAACUGCUGAAGAUGUCAAAGCGGACGAAGAUGUCACCAAACUAUGCAUCCACAAAAGGAAGAUUAUUGCUGUGGCCACACUUCAUAAAAGCAUGGAAGCACCACAUCCUUCACUGGUUCUGACUAGUCCUGGUGGUGGAACAAGUGCAACUCCAGUAGUUCCUACUCGAGCGGCAACUCCAAGAUCCAUGAGGAAUAAACCCCAUGAAGGAAUUACAAAUUCUGUGAUGCCAGAAUGUAAGACUCCUUUCAAGUUGAUGAUAGGGGCAUCUAAUGCCAUGGGUAGGCUUUAUGUGCAAGAGAUGGCUGGAAGCCAGCAACAAGAACUUCAUUCUGUCUAUCCCAGGCAGAGAUUGGGGAGUAAUGAACUCGGGCAGAAGUCUCCGUACCGCGGCAGCCACGGGGGGAUGCCCAGCCCGGCCUCGUCGGGAUCGCAGAUAUACGGAGACGGCUCCAUCUCUCCCAGGACUGACCCACUUGGAAGCCCUGACGUUUUCACAAGGAACAAUCCCAGUUUUCAUGGAGCACCCAACUCCAGUCCUAUUCACAUGAACAGGACCCCUCUGUCUCCACCGUCAGUAAUGCUACACGGUUCUCCCAUACAGUCAUCCUGUGCCAUGGCUGGAAGGACUAAUAUACCUCUUUCCCCCACCCUGACCACCAAGAGCCCAGUAAUGAAAAAACCCAUGUGUAACUUCUCGGCCGGUAUGGAAAUACCGCGAGCGAUGUUUCACCACAAACCCCCCCAGGGUCCUCCUCCACCUCCUCCACCGCCUUCUUGUGCUCUUCAGAAAAAGCCAUUAACAUCAGAAAAGGAUCCCCUCGGCAUACUGGACCCAAUUCCCAGCAAACCAGUGUCUCAGAACCCCGUGAUCAUGACCCCGACGCCUUUCCACUCGAGCGCCCACUCUCAGGUACCCGUGAUGAAUGUAAGCAUGCCGCCCGCCGUCGUCCCCCUGCCCAGCAACCUGCCCCUGCCCACCGUCAAGCCUGGCCACAUGAACCACGCGGCUCACGUUCAGAGGGUCCAGCACUCUGCCUCCACCUCCCUGUCCCCGUCGCCGGUGACGUCCCCGGUUCACAUGAUGGGCUCCGGGAUGGGAAGGAUCGAGGCUUCUCCCCAAAGAUCGCGUUCUUCUUCCACGUCGUCAGACCACGGCAACUUCCUGCUGCCUCCCGUAGCGCCGCAGUCCUCCUGCAGUGCUAUCAAAGUCCCUCCCAGGUCCCCGAGGUCAACAAUAGGGUCCCCGAGACCAUCUAUGCCAUCCAGCCCUUCCACCAAGCACGAUGGACUUAAUCAAUACAAGGACAUCCCUAACCCGUUAAUUGCUGGAAUGAGUAAUGUAUUAAAUCCUCCCAACAAUGCAGUUUUUCCCGCUGCAUCUGCUGGAAGUGGUUCCUUGAAGAGUCAGCCUGGUUUGCUGGGAAUGCCUUUAAAUCAGAUCUUGAACCAGCACAACGCUGCCUCUUUUCCAGCAAGCAGUUUACUCUCAGCAGCAGCCAAAGCACAGCUAGCAAAUCAAAAUAAACUUGCUGGUAACAACAACAGCAGCAGUAGCAAUUCUGGACCUGUUGCCAGCGGUGGCAACAACGAAGGACACAGCACUUUAAAUCCCAUGUUCCCUCCUGCUGGCAACGUGCUCCUCCCCACCACGGAGGGGCAAAGCGGCCGAGCAGCACUGAGAGAUAAACUGAUGUCUCAGCAGAAGGAUCCUCUGAGGAAAAGAAAGCAGCCAACCACCACGGUGCUGAGCCUGCUGAGACAGUCCCAGUUGGACAGUUCUGGAGUGCCCAAAGCUGGAUCUGAUCUGCUCCGAAAGCAAAGUCAAAGUUCCUUCCCCAUCAGUUCGAUGUCGCAGCUCCUUCAGUCCAUGAGUUGUCAGAGCUCCCACAUGAGCAGCAAUAGUACCACCAGUUGUGGGAGUUCCAGUACUGCUUUGCCCUGCUCUGGUAACCAGCUGCAUUUUGCAGACCCCAGUAUGAACUCUGUCAGUCUCCAGAACUCGCUGGCCCAGAGUUUGCCCCUGCGAGGGGACGGGGUGCACUGCCAGAACACUAACACUAACUUUGGCCACGGUACUAGCCCAGGCACCACCAACCACCUGGCAGGGUUAAUAAAUCAGAUGCAGGCUAGUGGGAGCUGUGGGAUGCUCAGUCAGUCAGGAAUGGCUUUGGGAAACUCAUUACAUGCGAACCCACCUCAGGCAAGACUCCAGGCACCCUCCACUCCAGUCAUACCAAACAGCAUUGGUAGCAGCUGUAAUCAAACAAGUCCUGAAGCAG